UUGUUAAUGGGGCGUGGUCCUCAGGGCUCGGCAACAAAAUGGCGGCAGCGUAUACGGACCCCUCCAGUCGCCAGGGGGCGCCGCCCUGCGAGCGCCGCCCCACAAGGCCCUGCGGCCGCAGCAACCGCUCUCUUCCCCGCCCCCGCCAUGGCGCAAGACCAGGGUGAGAAGGAGAACCCCAUGCGGGAGCUGCGCAUCCGCAAGCUCUGCCUCAACAUCUGCGUCGGGGAGAGCGGGGACCGGCUGACGCGGGCGGCCAAGGUGCUAGAGCAGCUGACGGGGCAGACGCCCGUCUUUUCCAAAGCCCGAUACACUGUCAGGUCCUUUGGAAUCAGGAGGAAUGAGAAGAUUGCUGUUCAUUGCACGGUUCGUGGAGCCAAAGCAGAGGAGAUCCUGGAGAAGGGAUUAAAGGUGCGAGAAUAUGAGUUGAGAAAAAACAAUUUCUCAGACACUGGGAACUUUGGCUUUGGAAUCCAGGAGCACAUCGACCUAGGGAUUAAAUAUGAUCCCAGCAUUGGUAUCUACGGCUUGGACUUCUACGUGGUGCUGGGCAGGCCUGGCUUCAGCAUUGCUGACAAGAAACGCAAGACUGGCCACAUCGGAGCCAAGCACAGGAUUGGGAAGGAAGAAGCCAUGCGCUGGUUUCAGCAAAAGUAUGAUGGCAUCAUCCUUCCUGGGAAAUGAGCAGCUCCUGUUACUAGAACAGCAAAUAAAAUUUUGUAACCCAUA